AUGUCGUCGACCUCUCCAUCAAAGGAGCCGGAGGUGGACGCCGAAGCGCAAUCAGGCGAAGACCACGACCAGCAGAUGGAUAAAGAACAAGAUCUGCAGGGCCAGGGCCAUCCUGAUUUCGAGGUGAAGGAGCAGGAUCGGUGGCUUCCGAUUGCAAACGUCGCGCGUAUUAUGAAGCUCGCUCUCCCCGAAAACGCGAAGAUUGCAAAAGAAGCCAAGGAGUGCAUGCAGGAAUGCGUGAGCGAGUUCAUUUCGUUCAUCACCAGCGAAGCUUCGGAAAAGUGCCAGCAGGAGAAACGCAAGACUGUCAACGGCGAAGAUAUCUUGUUUGCGAUGACCUCGCUCGGCUUUGAGAACUAUGCCGAGGCCCUCAAGAUCUAUCUCUCCAAGUACCGCGAGACCCAAUCCGCGCGGGGUGAUAACCAGAACCGGCCCGCCAGCAGUGGUUAUGGCGCCGGUGGUCCUGCUCAGGGUCGCCCGGGAGCGCCGGGCUUCCCCGAAGGCCCAGAUAGCGCAAACAACAUCUUGAACCCCAACAUGGACCCUUCGGAGCAGGAUCCCUCCGCGUACGGUUACCCGCCGAUGGUCGGCCAGUCCCACAACGGGGCCGGCGGAGAGUCUUACUAG